AUGGCUCCCGAGGAGAAUCUCCACAUCACCGUUCUUGGCCCCGAUGACCAGUCCAGCGCUCCUGUUGAGUACAAACUGAAUACGGCCACCACCAGCUUUCCAAGUCCAAUCGGUAGCCCCGACCCCAGUAGCCAGGACAGUUCAUCGGGAGGUUAUCCAUCGCCAGACACUCCUCUAGACCGACUUGAUGUAUCCUUUUUCGAUACUUCAUACUCCCAAGUCGAUGAAUACCACGAUGGUCUCUCCGUCAUGACAGGCCCUGUCCUCACAAGUCCCUACUCUCCGACCUCGCUGUCUCCGUGUCUCGGCGGUUUGUCUUUGGGUGACAGCUCCAACGACACGUCCGGGCCAUACGGGGGAUACGACGAUAGGAAUCUCGGUCUUGGCACCAACAACGACUUUCCGGUUCCCGACUUCCACUCCCUUGUGACCCCAGAAUUGAGGUCAUCCUCGCCCUCCCGUGCCUCUCUCUCCCCUCUUAUUAUCCCCCAGACCUAUCCCUCCCACUCUCCUUCUACCGCAGACUGGUCUCAACAGCAACAGCAACAGCAACAGCAACAGCAGUCCACAUACGACAACGAUGACUUCCUCAGUCAAAUACUUCUGGGACAAUCCCCAUUCCCAGAAUCCCUGAACGUCCCAGCAACUGAGUACCAGCUCCCAGUCGACUCACUGGCGGAUGAAACUGCCCUCCAGCGCCUCCCUCGCUCACCCAGCAUGCAGCACGCGCGUUCCACAUCUGAAGUAAACACUCCUUGGACCGGCUCCAGUGGUUAUUCAACCUCUCCCUCCCUCAUGCUCACUCCCUCAGAGCCAUCCAGCAGUGCAGCUUCCCUCACUGUUCCCGACCCAUACAACAACUUCGGUGGGCCCGGUGAUGACCUCGUCCUCGCCCAAUCCACAAACCUUUACCGAAGCCACAGUGAUUCUGCCACACGAGGACGGCGAUUCAGUCAUGUGGGCCCAGACCGCGGACGCACCCAAUACCGCUCCCCACCCUCCAGCACCAAUUCCUCCCGUCGUUCCAGCCCAUAUCCUCUCCCAGCCGCGUCGCCUGUCUCUCCCAACCAGGUGUACGAAGCUGACAACCAUCUCGCACCGCCGCCGAUACACGUGCAGGGGAUGGAAGGGCUUCGUAGGCGCCAUAGCUUCAAUGGGUAUGGAAGGCCUCCGCCGAUGGUCGCGACUGCCAACCCCAAUGAGAUUAUUGUUCCUGUGGGGUAUUUACCUGAACCUAUCACCCCCACUUCCCGUAAGGUUGCUUCGCAGGCUGGGAUCAAGGCCAGCGCAAGGAGGCGCACCAAGGAAGCAAAGUUUUCGUGUACCCUCUGCUCGCAAACCUUUACGACCAAUCAUAAUCUGAAGAACCAUAUGAACGUUCACUUGGGAGUGAAAGAGCACGAAUGCCCUGACUGCAACCGGGCAUUCACGACGCAGAGUGUGCUCGCUCGGCACACCAAGACUUGCAAACUCAACCCGGACAACGUGAACCAUAGACGCCAGCAGUCUCAAUCAUAGGGUUCUGUUCCUCCCUUCCAUUCUAUCAUCUUUACCAUUUUCCCCCACUCCUAGUCCAUCAUUUCUGUCGCGUUUGCAGCGCGACCUAUACCAUCCAUUGUACUUUAUACCCCAUUUCCUUUCUCUUUUUUCCCCAACUGCAUUAAUCCACAACGAUUGCUAUGACCAUGACCAUGCCAUCUCCAUGUUAUUUGUCUAACCUCAACUACAUUAUUCUGUAGCAUCAUUACACGUCUCUCCCAGUCCUACUUCCUGUCGUCUGCAUUCCGUCUGAACACUGUAUCUUUUGCUACUAGUACUUCGUGUAUAUCAGGUUCUGCCCGGAACGGGUUGUUGCUCGCCUUUUUUGUUUUGUAGAGCCCUUGUUUACCGUUUCCAUGUUCUCUUCGCAUAGCGCUAUACUUACAACGUGUCUUUCGCGAACUUCGAAUACACUUGCAUUUCCU